GAGAGAGAGAGAGAGAGAGAGAGAGAGAUAUGGGUGGUGGUAGUGUCCAGUUCGUGUGGAUGCUGCUCUUGGUGAGCUCAUGUUCAUGGCGGAUCGCGGCAGCUCAAGCUCCACCAACCACUGAUCCAACCGAAGUGGCGGCGCUGGACGCGAUCCUGGGGAGGUGGGGGAGGAAGGCGUCGCCGCUGUGGAGCAUGAGCGGCGAGCCCUGCCGCGGCGUCCCCGUCGACGGCAGCACCGACCUCGACGGCAACCCCAAGAACAACCCUGGGAUCAAGUGCGACUGCUCCUACAACCGCAGCACCGUCUGCCAUAUCACCCAGCUGAGGGUAUAUGCAUUGAAUGUUGUCGGUCAGAUACCUGCAGAAUUGCAGAACCUCACCCACCUAACUUACCUGAACCUGGAUCAAAAUUACUUGUCAGGCCCCAUACCAUCAUUUAUUGGACAAUUGACUGCCUUGACAGAAUUGCAUGUGGGAUUCAAUCCACUCUCAGGACCACUUCCAAAGGAACUUGGGAAUCUCAAGAACCUCAAAUUGCUAGGCAUUAGUCUGACAAAUUUUACUGGUGAACUUCCUGAAGAACUGGGCAACUUGACGAAUCUUGAACAUUUGUACACUGAUAGUGCUGGCUUCAGUGGUCCAUUCCCUUCGACGUUCUCAAAGCUUAAGAACCUGAAACUCCUGCGGGCAUCAGAUAAUGAUUUUACAGGGAAGAUACCUGAUUUUAUUGGGACCUUGAGUAAUUUGGAAGAUCUGGCUUUCCAAGGAAAUUCUUUUGAAGGACCAAUUCCGGCAAGUUUGUCUAAUCUAACCAAAUUGACAACCUUGAAGAUCGGUGAUAUUGUAAAUGGGAGCUCUUCAUUGGCCUUUAUCAGUGAUCUAACAUCUUUGAGUACCUUAGUAUUGAGGAACUGCAGAAUAUCUGAUAACCUUGGAGCAGUAGACUUUACUAAGCUUACAGGACUAAACUUCCUGGACUUGAGUUUUAAUAAUAUCUCAGGCCAUGUUCCUCAAUCAGUGUUGAAUCUGCAAAAUCUUCAAUACCUCUUUCUUGGGAACAACAGCCUAACAGGACGACUGCCAGAUGGGAUAAGCCCUUCGCUAACAAACUUAGAUUUUUCAUACAAUCAGCUCACUGGAAGCUUUCCCUCCUGGGCUACCCAGAAUAACUUGCAGUUGAAUUUGGUGGCGAACAACUUUGUUCUUGGCAGCACCAACAACGGCAUUCUACCUCCUGGGCUAAACUGCCUCCAGAAAGACACUCCAUGUUUACGUGGUUCUCCAGAAUGUAUAUCUUCCUUAACCGUAGCAGUUGAUAUAUAUGAUCUUGAAAUUUUAAUACUAUUCAUAAUUUUGCACAUCUUAAAUGCAGAUUAUUCCUUUGCAGUAGACUGUGGUAGUAACAGAUCUACUAGAGCUUCAGAUAAUACUAUGUAUGAAUUGGAUUCUACAAACCUUGGAGACUCAUCAUAUUAUGUUACCAGUGAAACAAGAUGGGGGGUUAGCAAUGUAGGAAAAUUGUACCAGGCCCCAAAUGACAGUAAGAUAAUAUAUACCAAUGAGAAGAUUCAGAAUGCAGUGGAUUCAGAACUAUUCCUAACUGCAAGAAUGUCACCGUCAUCUCUGAGAUACUAUGGCCUUGGACUUGAGAAUGGAAAUUACACCGUUCUGCUUCAAUUUGCUGAGUUAGGUUAUCCAGACUCGCCGACUUGGAAAAGCUUAGGAAGGAGAGUUUUCGACAUAUAUAUCCAGGGUGACCUAAAAGAAAAGGACUUCAAUAUAAGGGAGACAGCUGGUGGAAAAUCCUUCACUGCUGUUUUCAAGAGUUACACAGCAACUGUUUCGAAAAACUUCCUUGAAAUACAUCUGUUCUGGGCUGGAAAGGGCACUUGUUGCAUUCCUAUUCAGGGUUACUAUGGCCCAUUGAUCUCAGCAUUAAGCAUCACUCCAAAUUUUACUCCUACUGCGCGAAAUGGUGUUCCCAAAAGGAAAAGUAAAGCAGGUGCAAUUGUUGGAAUAGUAAUUGGUGCCUCUGUUUUAGGAUUAGCAGUCUUAUUUGGAAUAUUUGCCAUCAUAAAGAAGAGAAAAAGACAGGCACGACAGCAUGAAGAGUUGUACAACCUAGUUGGACGGCCUGAUGUCUUCAGUAAUGCUGAACUCAAGUUUGCUACAGAUAAUUUCAGUUCUCAAAACAUUCUUGGGGAAGGUGGAUAUGGUCAAGUCUAUAAGGGUAAGCUACCAGAUGGAAGAGUUAUAGCUGUAAAACAACUUUCAGAGUCAUCCCAUCAGGGCCAAAACCAGUUUGUAACUGAAGUUGCAACAAUUUCUUCUGUGCAACAUCGGAAUCUUGUGAAAUUGCAUGGCUGUUGCAUUGACAGUAACACACCUUUGCUAGUUUAUGAGUACCUUGAAAAUGGGAGCCUGGAUCAAGCACUCUUCAAGAACACCUUAAAACUAGAUUGGGCAACACGAUUCGACAUUAUUUUAGGAAUUGCAAGAGGCCUAAGUUAUCUUCAUGAGGAGUCGAGCAUCCGCAUUGUGCAUAGAGACAUCAAAGCUAGCAAUGUCCUACUUGACAUAGACCUCACCCCAAAGAUUUCUGACUUUGGACUCGCCAGGCUCUAUGAUGAGAAGAAGACUCAUGUUAGCACGGGGAUUGCUGGCACAUUUGGUUAUCUGGCUCCUGAGUAUGCAAUGAGACGUCAUUUGACUGAAAAGGUUGAUGUCUUUGCAUUCGGGGUGGUCGCAUUGGAGACUGUCGCUGGUCGAUCGAACACUAAUUCCAUCGAGGAACGCAAGAUCUAUCUCUUAGAAUGGGCCUGGGACCUGUACGAAAAGGGGCAAGCACUGGGAAUCGUUGAUCCAAGACUUGAAGAUUUCAACAAAGAUGAAGUUCUCAGAGUCAUUCAUGUUGCACUCCUCUGCACACAAGGCUCACCGAACCAGCGACCGCCAAUGUCGAAGGUCUUGGCAGUGCUCACUGGAGAUGCUGAGGUAGUUGAGAUGGUGACAAAACCAGCCUACAUCACUGAGUGGCAGUACAGAGAUGGAAACAGCAGCUAUGCCACGAGCAGCUACUCAGGAUUUAGCACCUCAGAGUUCACCAGGCAGAAAGAGAUCGACCCUCUCACCCUGUCCCCGACAAUCACCGGAGCUAGUCAUGAGGGAAGGUGAACACGAAGUUGAAUUGUUGCAGUUGAUCUUGGCUCGAAGUGACAGAACUAAGCAGUUUUUCAUUCGUACAUAACUAUGUAAAUGUGUCAGAUCAAGUAACGGAAUUCGAUUUUUCUGAAGUAUGUCAUGAUGAUAAAUGUAUUACUCCUUGUAAUCUGUAAAUGGUGAGAUAUUUUGGUACUCUUACUCUAGCAUCAAUGAAAAUAAUUGACAUAUUUGCAUGUUUCACGAACAAAGUCUG